AGAAGCCAUGUUUGGGGACCUUGGCCGAAAUAUCAAAGUUGAUGUUCGAGUUCUUUUAAAUCAUUUGUCGAUUUUAAUUUUCAACUGACGUAUUUGAUAAUGACUUAAUACACAGUACAUAUGUGUCUGCUUAUAUGUAAAGAUUUCAGUAAUGUAGGCUCUAGUGAAACCAAUUUUAAUAUGCAGCUAAGACAGAAGUCUGGUACAAUGACAAGAUUGCGUACAAAGAAAGGGGGAGCGAAGAAGAAAAAUGGUCAACAGAAAAGAACAGCAGUGCAAACAGAAGACCAGGAUGUGCCAGAAGAAAAGAAAUACAAGAUGUCAUUUGAGAGUAGAGCAGAAGGAGGAGAGCCUGAUAUGAUCUCCUCUACGCCUUGUUUGAGGGUCAAAGGAAAGAAGAAACCAGAAGUGCUAAACCCUGUACAAGAAAACCAGAACCCCCCUUGUCCAGGAAGUCCCCCUAGGACCAGUGGAACAUUAUUUUCACCAGUUUAUUCAUAUGUUGAUGGAGAAGAAGACGAAGAUCAUCACAAACAUCUACAUGUACAUAAAUCAUUAGACUUCAGCCAGUGUACAGAUAUACCAUCAUCAUUUACCAAUGAGGAAGAGGAUUCAGACUCAGCUUCAUCUACUAAAGAAAACCAGGAGCCUCCAUUUGAAAGAGUUGAAGAGGAGGAAGAAGAAGAAGAAGAAUGUGUAGAGGACAAUAAUAACCAUAUGUACAAUAAAUGUGAUGUGCCGUAUGAGUAUCAUCACAUGGAAGAAGAGGAAGAGGUCUCUGAUGAAUCUUACGAGGAGGGCGAGUGGGAUAAUCAACCCUUUGAUCCAUAUGUAUUCAUAAAGAACCUGCCACCAUUAACAGAAGAAUUGAGGGCCAGGGUGCCUGCUUUACCAUUGAAAACCAGAAGUUCACCUGAAUUUUCAUUAGUGCUAGAUUUGGAUGAAACAUUAGUCCAUUGUAGUUUAACAGAAUUAGAUGAUGCUGCAUUUAGUUUUCCCGUACUAUUUCAAGAAAUUACUUACCAGGUAUAUGUACGGACAAGACCUCACUUCAGACAAUUCCUAGAGAGAGUAUCACAAUUGUUUGAAGUCAUCUUAUUCACUGCAUCAAAGAAAGUCUAUGCUGAUAAACUACUUAAUUUGUUAGAUCCAGAGAAAAAAUUGAUCAAACAUCGGUUGUUUAGAGAACAUUGUGUUUGUAUAAAUGGCAACAACUACAUCAAAGACCUGACGAUUCUAGGGCGAGACUUGAGGAAGACCAUUAUCAUUGAUAAUUCACCACAGGCCUUUGGUUAUCAGCUAGACAAUGGUAUACCAAUAGAAAGUUGGUUUGUUGAACCAUCUGACAGGGAACUAUUGAAUUUGUUACCAUUUUUAGAAGAAUUAGUGUUUAAGCAUGAAGAUGUUAGACCUGUUAUUCACGACCAUUUCCGUCUCCACACACUUCUUCCACCAUAGUCAUGGCAAUGGUUACCACUCUGAUGCAUGAAAAACUGUUACAAAUCAUGUAAAAGUUUGUUAUAUUUUUAUACACAUGCAAAAUGAAUGUUGUUUUGUUGAUAAUUGAUACUGAGGUCAAAUGCACAUAGAUUUUUAUGUUUUAAGGGAUAUUUCAUUUUUAUCAAAACAGUGCACAAGACUACAAAACGUUUAAAUACAUUUUAUGAUGCAAAGACCACCAUUUUCAUCUACAAACACUUCUUCCAAUUUUUUAUUAAAUCUAUGGUUACUGAUUAACCCUUGUCAUAGAAAUAUGAAGAAUAAAUUUGAUUUUAUUUCAACCUGGAUCAGGCUAAAAAAAUAUGAUGUGUUUUAACACUUUAAACUUGCCGGAAAAAAAAUGAAAAAAAGAUAGGGUAAGCAGAAACCAUUUUUUUAAAGACAUAGUUUAUAAAGUACCUUUGAACCAAUACUGCAGCUUGGAUGAAUUAAAGUAUAUUCACAUUCUAAAUAAUUACAGGAGAUGCCUUAAUAAUACCUUAAAACAAAAUUCUUGUUACUUUGAUAGAAUAGAGGAAAGAGAAUGUAUCGUAAACCUUUUUUUGUCUUCCAAAUUUAAAGGUGAUAAGGUUGACAAAUUCUUGAUACAUUUUUAACUGAAUUUUAAGUCUGCACCUUUUUUUGAAAAGAAAUAUUUGUUGAUAUCAUGAUUUAAAAAACCUAUAUUUUAUUGUUAUACAGAUACAACAGGCUUACCAUGCCAAAAACUUGUUUGUGUAAUGUUGAAAUUUUUUUGGCGUUCUGCUCUGAUAAAAUGUAUAUAUAAUUGGGCAGAGUUAUUUUAGGUAAUGUAAUUUUUAAGGAAGUCAUUGUGAAUAUUUUUAUUAUGUUCUUGAUUGAAAUUCUGUAUGUUGAUAAUUGGCCAAAAUGCUUGAAAAAGAUUUUUUGUUUUUUCAUAAGAAUUAAGAAACGACUGUUUUACAGAAUUAAAUCCAUGGGAAAGCACUUUCUUUAAACACAAACCACCCAUAAUUAAAAAAAAAUAAAAUAUUGUUACCUUUAAUUAUAUAAAAAUGCUAUGAAGGAAAAUGCAGCAACCAACUGCUUAUUUAUAUUGUUCCCUUUCCCAAAUGUAGGAACAGGUAUGGAUGAGAGUAAUUGUUUCUCCCCUAAUCCUUUUCCUCUAAUUUCCAAACAUAUUUUUUACAAUUAAUUUUGUUACUAAUGCAGGAAAUUAUUGUGAAGACUUUCUUAUAUUUCCCAUUUCUUUUCUUUCUUUACAUGACUACUAUCCCCAAUUAUAUCUAUUAAAAGUACUUUCCAUCUUGUUAACUGGAUCUAGUUAAAUUAUUUAAAUCCCUCCUCACUCCUGUUCGGUAUCUAGAAUUCUAUUUUAUAGGUUAAAUUGGCCAUAAUUAGCACAGAAUUUAUUCUCAAGUGAAAAUGUACAAAAACAAUGUUAACCAGUUGAGCAAUUAUAUUUACUAUAUUUACUAUACAUGUUGAAGGAAUUUUAUUUUUGUUGUCUUUUUUGUUCUUAUAUUAUGCAGUUUGAUUUUAUUAUUUUAUCCUCAUUUUAAAAUAUUGAGAUCUAUGUUUUACCAAUAUCUUAUAUACAUGAUGUUUUUUGUUAAAUUUUAAAAUGAAUUUUACCUAAGCAUGGAACAACUUUUGUUCGUGUGUUUUUGAAUUGUACAAAAUGUAUUGUUUCAUUGUUUGUGGUAAUAAGUUGUAGUGAUAUACUUGAAGAGGUCAAUUGUCAAGUGUUUUUCUAUUGGGGUCAAAAGAAUUAUAUUUUUUUAAACUACAUUCUGAAAAAGUAAGUGGAGGGAGCUAGGCAAAUUAUUUCAUAUCUUUUGACUGGUUUAACUUAAGCAGUGCAGGUACAAAAAUGACAAAAAAUAUAUCAGAUACCUAAAAAGCACUCUACAUACUGUAAGUUUCUUACAAUUCGCAUUGUCAUAUAGCAGAACCAAAUUGAAUCGUACCUUUUUGUUCGAUGCUAAAGGAAACUGGGGAAAAAAAACACCAAAAAAAACCAAGAACUUAAAUGCAAUCCUUCUAUACUAAAGUUCAUGAUAAAGUCGUUCAAUUGAAGGGAGACAAUUCUUGAAGAUAUGACUAAGUAUUACACAAACUGAAAUGGUACCUUGUAUUUUGUUUUUUGUUUUAUUUACUGCUGUAAUUAAUCAUGAUGUAUAUAUAAAUAAAAAUGGCAAAUUGUGUGAUCAUCUCAAAACAUAGCUGUUUGUAUGGCAAAUUAAUAUGAUAACAUUUUCCUGUAUUGUUGUUAAGAGAAAAAACACUAGAAACAAUUUUAUUUUGUAGCAGCAUAUGGUUUUCAAAAUGCCUUACAAGCAUUUAAAGACAAAAGUUAAUUAAAAAAAAAUAUUUUAGGGGAAAAAUGGUAUGUUUUGAGAUGGUCCAAUUACUAUGUAUGCAAUGUUAUGUAUAAUAUAAUAUGAGUCUUUUGUUGGAAGCCCUGCUAUUAAUCAGUUACUUCCAUGAGUCUAGUGUCGCGAAUCUUUGAUAAGUAACAAUUUGGACCAAUUGAUAAAUGAGUCUACAAUGUCACUCUUACAAAGUUCUAAAUAGCUGCAACUUUCCGACCCUCUUUCCACUAAAAUAUUGUAAGGAUGAAAAUGAGAGUCCCACUUCUACCGUUCUAUCAUGUUGAUACUUGGCUAUAGCGUCUUUGUAUGUCAUAUGGUGUUGGUACAUGUAUAAAGUCUUGUUAUCGGGGAAAUAAAACUAGUUUUAAAAUCUUUAUUUCACUCAAGAAAAUAAUAGAAUUGUUGUUGUAAGGUAAUUUGAUAUUACAAUAGUGGCAAAACUUUGCCAAAAAAAAUUAAUUCUUUUGGAUAUAUAGACGGUAAUUUUCUGGUAAGCUGCAAAAUUUAUGAGAUGUUUUACUAAACUGAAUAUGAUGACAUUUUAUGUACACAUCAGUUCACAUAUUUUUUACCAUUUACAUGUUCAUGAUGGGAGUCGGCUUAACCAUACAUGCCCUUUAUGUCCACUUUUCUAAUAAUUUUACAGAAUUUAACUUUAAAGUUUGAUUUACUUUCUAUCAUUGGCAGAAUAAUUAACUACAGGUUAAUGUGGGUUUUUUUUCUGAAAAGGGGAAUUUGAAUUGGAAAUAAUGUUUUAAGUAUCAAAAUUUGAAUAUUUUUUCAUUAUCAUUUGAUUCACCGACUUUUUUUUGCAAUAAUAUUGCUUAAUUAAUUUGAUCUGAUGUGGCUUAAACAGAGUUAUAAAUGGAUGAUGUUCUCUUAAAGAAAAGGUAACACUUUGUAGAUUUUGACACGUUUUACCUAUUGGUAAUGAAACCUGGUUCAAAGCCAUUUAUUACUAGUUUAAGCCCAUUUAGGUUAAAUUGUUUAAGGAAUUUAGAAUUUGUACAUGAAUAACAACUCAUCAUACUUUUAUUUUGUAUUUUUGGCUCUCCAUAUAUUAAGCUUUAUUUUGUUGUAGGCAGCAAAAGGUCACAUCACUAGGUCAAAGGUCAUUGUAAUAAUUAAUGGCAAUCAACAUGUUUUGAUGAAAUAACUUGUAAAUAUUAUCUGACUUGAUUACUUAUAAUUUGUUUAUAAAGGGAAAAGCUUAGAUUAAGCUUAGUUUGGACAGCUUAAAGACCUUAAAGUUAGUGUCACUCUCCAGAAAUAGUUACUAUAGAGGUAAAGGGUGUUAAAUUUCUACUAUAAAUAGAUGACAAAUAUUUUUUGGUUCAAUGAAAUUAAAAAUUGUCUCUUUGUGCGUCACCUGUUUCAAUAGUGCCUUCCAAGGGUACCAUGUAUAUUGGAACAGACAGCUACUUAUUUUCAUUUUGUAAGCUUUGUGUUUAAUUUUAAGUAUAAAUGUGUUUGUAUCCAUCUGGUGUUGAUUUAAGAGACAGGAAUGAAUACAUGGUUGUAAAGAACACACACUAUUAUUUUCCAUAUGUUUCUGUCCUCAAAUUGGUGAUGUCAGUCUUGCAAUUUUAUCUGGACCAGAAACAAGUGCGUUGAGAACUAUUCUCAUGGUAAUUAUGCUAGAUACUGUUUUCACAUUCCAGGUGAAUACAGUAAAAUAUAACAAUUAAAUAUAGCUAAAAAAUGUGGGGCAAUUAUCCUGGAUGUCGGUAACUAAUUUAUCAGUCAGAUAUCAUAGAAAGGAUGUUUAAUGUAAUGAAGGGGGAAUAACUCUAAGGCACAAAUAUUUAUUUAAAGUGAUUCUAUUUCUAUAUAAAUAUACUGUGAUAAACUGGCUAAAAAUAGAGUUAUGAUGUUGAUAGAUAUAUCAUGUAAAACCAUUGAUGUGACCUUAAAUCUUUAUAAUGGAUGUACAAUUUGAAAUAAAUUAUAAAAAGUUCA